AUGCCUCCUAGAAUAAGUCGGAGGGCGGUCGCCGUCGAACAAGACGCCCCCACGCCUACCCAGACGCAGCGCAGACGCCAGGCGGAGACACCAGAUGAAGAUGGCGACGUGGAUAUGGAAGAGUCACAGAAGAGCGGCAGUGGCAGUCUUGAGCAGUUAUCGAAAAGCUUAGUUCGAUAUGCGCUGUCCUGCGAGUUUGCACGGAAGCCCAUCAAGCGGCAAGAUGUCAAUGAAAAAGUACUUGGAUCGCAUGCACGGCUCUUCAAGUCAGUAUUCGCGCAAGCCAACAGCGAGCUCAUGGAUGUCUUUGGCAUGACUAUGGCUGAGCUGCCGAAGGGCGAGAAGGUGACAACGCGACAGAAGCGCGCUGCCGCCGGAUCUGAAUCGCAGAGCAAAGCCAGCAACAUGUGGGUGCUUCAGACCAUCCUUCCUGAGCAGUAUCGGAUGCCCGAAGUCAUUGGCCCGUCACGGGGUCUGGCCAAGUCCGAGGAUGACAGACCGGCCGCCUACGUCGGUCUGUACACCAUGGUGAUCGCCCUCGUGACCAUCGCUGGUGGCCGGCUGCCUGAAGGCAAGCUCGACCGUGCACUCAAGCGCAUGAACGCUGAGCAGACCACGCCUAUCGACACCACAGACAAGACGCUUGCUCUCAUGAUCAAGGACGGGUACAUUGUGAAGGUCAGAGACACGGCGGCCGGCGAAGAGACAACUGACUACAUUGUGGGCCCGCGUGGCAAAGUCGAGGUAGGGCGGGAGGGGUUCGCGGAACUCAUCAGGACGAUCUAUGGAAACAGCGAAGAGGAUGCGGAGGAGCUCGAGCAGAAGAUCAAGCGGACAUUGGACGUGGCCGGUGCAACGAGCGGUGUUGCGCCUGCGGGUGACGCUCCCGCACCGCAAGCUGCAGGGCGAAAGCGAGGACGGCCGCGAGGAGAGGAUGACGAAGAUGAUGAGUGAUUCGCUAUGAUACCCCGAGACAAUGCCGCGACUACGAUUUCAAGCAGAAUACUAUCAUGAUGCAGUGUUCUAUCAUGAUGCAGUGUUGGUGUGAUGGGUACGGUGAGGCGCCGGUGAGAGUGGAGAUUCGGCAGCGAGCCGCGAGGAUUCGAGGGGGUUGCAUCAUCGUUCUGCAACCACGGGGGAUCGUCGUGGGUGUUCGCAGAGACAGAGCGACUGCUUGCGCGCGGUGGAAGCGCAUGGGUAGAGUAUAAGCGGCGCCUCUUGUGCACAGGCAGCGUGCAUUUAUUUGUCAGCGCGACCCAUGGGCAUGCAUGGACGAAGAGGAGAGCAGAGCAGGCUCCUUGUCUGCGCGAAGUAACCCGCCCCUCACAGUGCAGGUGCGCCAAGUAGUAGCGAGC